CUCACUUUCCACGACAAAAGAUUAUACAAACAUGUUCAAUCCAACUCGACUAAAAGUGCAGCUCAAAUUAUCCAUCAAUAGACUUAAAAUGUUACAGGCGAAAAAGAACUCUUUGAAUCAACAUCAACGACGGGAAAUAGCUACACUUUUGGAGAAAAACAAGAUAGAAAGUGCACGUAUUAGAGUAGAACAUAUUAUUCGAGAAGACUUACUCAUGGAAGCAAUGGAAAUACUGGAACUUUAUUGUGAUCUUCUUUUAGCUCGGUUUGGUUUAUUGGAACAAUAUAAAGAUUGUGAUCCCGGUAUCGCUGAAGCAGUAAACACAAUCAUUUGGGCAGCAGCACGAGCAGGAGAAGUCAAAGAACUAUCUUCUGUAAGAGAUCAACUUGGUGCCAAGUUUGGCAAAGAAUUCCUUUUGGCCGCUAUUGAAAAUACGGAUGAUGUAGUUAAUCCAAGGGUACUAACUAAAUUACAAGUCAGUGCACCCGAUCCUUUUUUGGUUGAACGUUACCUUGAAGAAAUAGCAAAAACAUAUGAUGUGUCUUGGGAAUCUGAUAUCCUCACUCAUGAUGAAAAAUCUAAUACUGGUGGUUCUGAUUAUGAUGAUGAUGAUGAUGAUCAAGGUGGACAAGCAGAGCCUCUGAAGAAACGUGUAUUGGAACCUCUAUUGGAAGCAAAUUAUACUAUUACAGAUAUUCCACCUUCUCAACCUACGAUUCCACCCACUAUUGAUACUCCACCCUCACCUAGUUUUGAUCUACCUGAUAUCCCAUCCACUUUCCCACCAUUAAAAUCACAAUCAAAACCACCUACUUCAAACACUACUAAUAUUAGCUCCCCUUCAAACAAUGACUUGGAUCUAUCCUCACCCUCAACUGCAACUGCUACCACAGAACCACAGGUGAUACCACGACAAAUUAACAACCAAUCGUCAACUUCAGCAACGGUAGAAAAGGAUUUUAAAGCAACUUCGGAAGCACUUGUACGGAAACUAUUAGAACGAUCUACUCCUCGUCUAGAUGCGAAACUGGUUAGCGUGCUUUUACUAGAAGGUAUGAUGGAUAUAUUCAUGGCGCAUAUCAGUCGUACAUAUAGUGAUAGCAAUGAUAUCACUUUACAGAAUCUGUCUUUGGAAAUAUUGGUGAAGCAUGCUCAACAUGAACGGGAUCAAAAAGACCUAGAUGCCAUCAAAAGAUCUUACCAUGCAAUGGAAAUUUUAUGUGGCGCUUCUGCAAAUCAUUUUUGGAUUCAGGAUGCGAAAUUCAAGGUCAUUAUUACUAGACUUUUUGAUAUAUUCUCACCAACAUCACACGGCAACUUCAAUCAUUUCGCCAAAAUCUUUCAACAUUUUGUACGACGCCAUCCUUCAGAUAUGUUGGACUUUAUUUUUUUACAAGAUGACAAAGCUUCUUUAUUCUUUGAUUAUAUGUUACCCUAUAUAUCUGAAAGUGCAGUAAUGGAUGCGGCUUUGGCGUUGAUUUUUGUACGAGAUAUUAAUGCGGAAACGAAGGAAAAGCGAGAAAAGUCUCAUGCAAGAUUAUGUGAACUCGGAUUACUUCAAUGGCUUAUCAAGGCAAUUCAAAUCAAAGAUCAAAAUACUGCUUUCUCAGAUGCUGCUAGUCAAUUACUGAUCCGGAUCGUUGAAGAAACGUCGCAGGUCGACAAUGGUAAUUUGUUACUCCAAACGCUGGAUCAACCAGAUCAAGGUGGAAAGGAACUUGUGGCAUCUUUGGUCAAGUUGGUGGUGAAUCAAAAGCCGAACAAAAGUCGAGAUCUUAUUAUCCAACUGUUACGACUUUUGGUUAAAAGUGGAAUGUUGACAACACGGGCCUCAGCAAUAUCACAACCUAUUCAUGGUCCUUUAUACUCAAUAUCUGUCCAUUGUCAAGAAAUGUUGUCCGACUACAUACCAGAGCUAUGCUCGGUCAUAUCAAACGAUCGUCGCUCCGUGUCAUCCAAGCAGUUACCACUGAAUGUAUCUGACAUGGCACUUAUCGAAGUUAUCUAUUUGACGUUACCGAAUAUACGAGACAAACAUGAAUUGAUUGAUGCUAUACCAACCGCUUUUUGGAAGAUUGUAGUGAACUCUUUCUUUGAAAAACGUUCAAGUUCUAUAUAUCAUACUCUAUUCUACAGGAUAUUUUGUUUGAUUUUGGGAUUGCAAUAUGAACCUUUGACGUUAGUAUUGAUUCGUCGACAAAAGCUAGUGACAAGGAUGAUUGAUGUCUACGAAGAUAAAGAUCAACAAUCAGACACAAGGGGAUAUAUUUUACUUAUGCUCAAUUAUCUUCGGCUUACGACGGAUGCUCAUCCUACUGGGGCACUAUAUCGAAUUAUCAGUGAUCAUCCUCGGUUUCGUGCUUUUCUUCCUAGAUUAAGAGCGGAUACACUUGCACAAAUUAAUUUCAACUAUUCAUGGAAAUUGGAUUCAUGCCCUAGACCACCUAUACAUAUUGGACCAUCUCCACCAGUAAGAUCUCCACCUUAUUCAUCAUAUACACCUACAUUACAAUUGACGACUGGUGGAUCAGGAGAAACUGAAGAUUCACAUGGAAUUGAUUUAGGAAGUGAUUAUGCAUAUUGCUUGGGUUUUGAUCAAACAUGUCGAACUGAAGAUGGAUACGAAACACCAAUGGGUAAUUUAUCUCGAAGAACCUCUUUACACUCAAUAUCUUCAAGUGAUAUUAACCCCCCUUGUUACUUCUUUAUUAAUAACAUGUAUGAUUCUGACGAUGAAGAUAUUGAUUGCCCCCUUUGUAUGGAAGAACUUGAUAUUGCCGACCGGAGCUUUAGGCCUUGUACUUGUGGAUAUCAGAUUUGUCGGUUUUGUUGGCAUCACAUUAAAGAAAAUUUGAAUGGACGAUGUCCUGCUUGUCGUCGAGAAUAUUCUGAUCAAAUGGUGGAAUUCGAGCCGAUCAGUGCUGAUGAAAUCACUCGUAUCAAAAGGGAAAAGAAAGAAAAAGAACGACAACAAAAAGAUAUGGAAGCUGUGAAUCGUCGACAUCUAGCUAAUAUGCGUGUGGUUCAAAAGAAUUUAGUAUAUGUUAUUGGACUUCAUCCUAAAUAUGCCACUGAAGAAAUUAUACGAUCGAAUGAUUAUUUUGGACAAUUUGGGAAAAUCGCCAAGGUAGUGAUCAACAAACGAAAUGUAGCACCAACGUCUCAUGUUGGAGGAACAACAUCUAUGCAACCAAGUGCGGCAAUCUAUGUUACUUAUCAACGUAAAGAGGAUGCAGACAAGGCUAUUCAAACUGUGGAUGGACAUACUAUUGCUGGAAGAAUCCUUAGGGCAUCUUAUGGCACCACAAAAUAUUGUACCUAUUACCUUCGAAAUAUGACUUGUCCAAAUCCAUCAUGUCUUUAUCUUCAUGAACCAGGUGAAGAAGCAGACACCAUCUCUAAAGAAGAAUUAGCUACUGGAAAACAUCGGAUGCGGGAUCAAAUUUCAACUGAUGAUGAACAUCGACCUUCUAUGUUACCCAAUGGCAACAAUUCAUCCUCUGGAAAUUACCAUUCAUCACCUUCCAUUUCAAGUCAUGAUUUCCCUCCUGUCGGUGCAACAUCAACAACGAAUCGAAAACCUACCACUUUAGAAUCAGAUGAACGAUCAGCAUUACCAGCAACAGCAUCUUGGGCUAAACUUGGAAAUAAUAGCGAUCCAUCUACACCUGUUUUAAAAUCAAGUCAACCUGAACGUACUCUUACUCCGGAUAACUUUGGUCCACCAUUAGCAGUCGCCGCAGCAGCUGCUCAAAAACAACAACCUCAACAUCCACAAUCUCCAUCAGCAAUGAAGAGGAAGAUCGAAAAGAAGAAACGUAAAGAAUUACAAAAGAACAGGGAUUCUACAACAUCAUCAUCCUCAUCAACAGUAUUACCAGGAAAAUCCAAAACAUCAUCAACGACAUCAUCACAUCCUACAACACCUACAAUGAUUGGAGCCAACGCUAAUCUGGAUGCUUCAUCUUUAUCAUCUAUGAAGAUUUUGAAUGACGCUCUAGUGAAUUUUGUUUUAGGAGAUGCUAUGGAUCAAGUUGGAUGGAUACCACCACAGGAAGAUGAAGAUGAAACACCAUUGGGCGUGACAGCUUUAUAUCAGAAGAAGGAUGUGGAUAAUGUUGCCGACAAUGAAGAAGAAGAAGAUGAUGAUGAUGAUGCUUUAUCAUUGGAUAACUCAAGUACACCUAUCAAUACUUUGGACUUUUUACUCAAUGCUGUACCAACACCUACUUAUCGUGGUUCAUUUAAUCCAUUUGCACACCAAAUCUUACGUACCUCUGGCAACUUGUUUGAAUCACCUAUGCGCAAGACUUCUCGAUUUGGUUUUGCUCAGAUUUAG